GAUAUAGAACAUCAGGGCAGCGGGAGAAGCAGCAUUUCCCUCGGGAGUCCGACUCUCAAGACCACACCAAUGUUUCUCAGGGACUGGAACUGAGAAGAGGUUUAUUUUUCUUUUCCAAAAAAACCGAGCCCUUUUCCCCACUGGGCUUGAUUUCUAGUAUGGGAAACCCCGCCUUUGUGGAACGCUGAUUGGUCCAACUCUUUUUGAGAUAAUUUAUGCCGCAUCCACCCGGUGUGAUUGGCUCUUUAGCUCAGUUCUGCUGGGAGUCGCAUCCUACCUGCUUCGGAGGUGUACUGCCUAUCCACUCCUUGUACUCACUGUGCUGCUGCUGUGGCUUGAGGCAAAACUCUGGGCUUGGGGACUGAGCUUGUGGAGGAAGGACCUUAAAAGCGACCCCGAUGGGUUCUGGGAAAGCCUUCCUCUUCUCUCCUUCCCUCCUGUGGAGUCAAACUAGAGGAGUGAGGUUGAUAUUCUUGUUACUAACCCUGCAUCUGGGAAACUGUGUCGAUAAAGCAGAUGAUGAAGAUGAUGAAGAUUUAACUAUGAACAAAACAUGGGUCUUGGCACCAAAAAUUCAUGAAGGAGAUAUCACACAAAUCCUCAACUCUUUGCUUCAAGGUUAUGAUAACAAACUUCGUCCAGAUAUAGGCGUGAGACCCACAGUGAUUGAAACAGAUGUUUAUGUAAACAGCAUUGGACCUGUGGAUCCCAUAAACAUGGAGUAUACAAUAGACAUAAUUUUUGCCCAAACCUGGUUUGACAGCCGUUUAAAGUUCAAUAGCACCAUGAAAGUGCUUAUGCUCAACAGCAACAUGGUGGGCAAAAUUUGGAUUCCCGACACUUUCUUCAGGAACUCAAGAAAAUCUGAUGCACACUGGAUAACAACACCUAAUCGCCUGCUGCGGAUUUGGAGCGAUGGACGGGUUCUCUAUACUCUACGAUUAACAAUUAAUGCAGAGUGCUACCUUCAACUUCAUAAUUUUCCUAUGGAUGAACAUUCCUGUCCACUGGAAUUUUCAAGCUAUGGAUACCCUAAAAAUGAAAUUGAGUACAAGUGGAAAAAACCCUCAGUGGAAGUAGCUGAUCCUAAGUAUUGGAGAUUAUAUCAGUUUGCAUUUGUAGGGUUACGAAAUUCUACUGAAAUCUCUCACACAAUCUCUGGAGAUUAUAUUAUCAUGACUAUUUUUUUUGACCUGAGCAGAAGGAUGGGAUAUUUCACAAUUCAGACGUACAUUCCAUGUAUUCUAACAGUGGUUCUUUCCUGGGUGUCCUUUUGGAUCAAUAAAGACGCAGUACCUGCUAGAACAUCCCUGGGCAUCACUACGGUUUUGACUAUGACAACCCUCAGUACAAUCGCUAGAAAAUCUUUACCUAAGGUUUCUUACGUGACAGCAAUGGAUCUCUUUGUCUCCGUGUGUUUCAUUUUUGUGUUUGCAGCGCUCAUGGAGUAUGGAACCUUGCAUUAUUUUACUAGCAACAAUAAAGGAAAAACCACCAGAGGCAGGAAGCUGAAAAACAAGACUUCGGCUUCCCCAGGUCUCCAUGCUGGAUCCACUCUCAUUCCCAUGAAUAGCAUUUCUUUGCCACAAGGGGAUGAUGAUUAUGGCUACCAGUGUUUGGAGGGCAAAGACUGUACUAGCUUUUUCUGUUGCUUCGACGACUGCAGAACUGGGUCCUGGAGAGAAGGGCGGAUACACAUACGCAUUGCCAAAAUUGACUCCUACUCCAGAAUCUUUUUCCCAACAGCUUUUGCCUUGUUCAAUCUGGUUUACUGGGUUGGGUAUCUAUACUUAUAAGUUCAGCCAAUAGAUUAAAAAUAAUCUUAAAAGUCUGGCUUAGUCCAAUAUAAUCAGUUGUAUUUCAUAACAUGAAGUUUAAAUUAAAAUGAAAGUCCACUAGUUAAAAUAUGAAUAUGAUGGUUAAGUGACUAGGGCUUUCAUAAAUGAAUAAGACAUAAUUAUUCAGGUUAAUCUAUCUAAAUAAACAUGUAAUUGAUUGUCCAAUAAGGCACAGUUAUAUCAUAAACUUAUAUUUUUACUUUAAUUUUUUAUGUUUAUUGUAUAAAUCUAAUAUUGGACUUAAUACUUAUGUGAGAAAUAUUUUGAAUAAUAAAUAAUUUUAACACAUAUUUUAUUUAAAUAUACCUUUUGCUUAUAAUGAAAGACUACUGUCAAAUAUUAAAAUGUUCUUUGCCUAGAUUGCUCAUUAGCUUGAUUUUAUUUUUUGCUUUGUAUUUGCUCUGUUUAGGAUAUAGUUUCUUUAAAACAAAGCCAUGAUUUUCUUGGAUUUAUUCAAAGAUAUGUUAUUCCCAAGAAGAAAAUAAUGUGUGUAUUAAUUACUUUUUAAAUAAUUUUUUGUGAACUGACAGUUUGUAUACAUUUAUAUAUUUAAACACUGUCAUGUCUUAUGUUUGAAGUACAAAGGAAUUAAAUCAAGCUACUUGGAAACUACAGUUUUCAAAUGGACAACUUUUAUCUGUUAUCCAAUCAAUUUUCUGCUCAAUGUUAAACAGAAGUCAACCUACACUUAUUUUGAGGAUUUUUAAAUUUGGAGAGGAAACACUAAAGUCAUUUUUUGUUUUGUUUGUAAUGCAAGUUCAAAAAACUCAAAGUUAUUUUCUGCCUUGUAGGAUUUAUGAGGUAUAAAGAGGUUAACACUAAAAUGUUCAAAUGUACUAACAAUGAAAUCAAAUGGGAAAUGUUUUGUUUUUCCUUUAAGUGCUACAAAAGGGAUUCACAAGUUCAAAGAAUCAUUGAGUAAAAGAGCUUGAUUUAACAGGGCUUAACGAGCCAUCUGGCAAACUAAACUCUAGGUUGUCUCAAAAUACAGACUUAAAUACAUGCUAUUGAUAUUUUAUAGAGUAGAUAUAUUUGAAAAACAUCAAAAUUAUGUAUCUACCCACAGAUUUCUUAGCUGAUUUUUACAACUAUAUUAUAAUCGCCGUGUUCUCUCUUUUAGGCAUGUGAAAUUUCUCAAAACUCAUUUUACAAGUGGACUUUGUAAGAGACAACUGUAAUGAACUUGAGUAGGGACAUCACAAAAUCCAUACAGUGAGGAAAGGACUCUAGAGACUCUCACUAUAGGGAAAGCUGACACUGUUGCCAAUGCUAUAUUUGUGAGAGGAGGCUUCCACUUGGAAAUAAGCAAUAGAAAUAUUCACCGUAGGUCUGGCAAGAUGGCUCAGCACACAAGAGCAUUUUAUGCUCCUGCUGAGGACACAGGCUGAGUUAUUAGCCUCCACAGGAUAAUUUACUAAGGUCUGUAAUCAGGAAUCUAAAGCCCUUUUCUGGCCUUUGUUGAUACUGCAUGCACAUGGUUCAUACAAGCAGAGAAACACUCACAUAAAAUAAAAAUAAUAAAUCCGAGAAAGACAUGUUCAUUUUUGACAGCAGUUGUCACAAUGAGAGGUCUGAUCAACAAAAGUAUGUUGAUUUUAAGGAGGAGCUGUCAUGUGGGUGUUAGACACACAUACUUUUAAUUCAUGAAUCGGUGCACCUGGUGUAGCAGUCACUAGGUGAAACUUUGAUUGUAUUAUAGUGUGAGAAUUAUAGUUCUCCAGCUAACUAUAACUUUCCACCUUCCUCAGAAACACACAAAAUUUGAAGGAAAAUAAAAUAUUGAGUUUUUUAACAAAUGGAGGUCCAAAUAAAAUUUUGACUAUGUGUAUAUUAAUUUUUAGAUAAUCCAUGCAUUUAUGUUGAAAAUAUUGAAUAUUGGUAAUAUGUUAAUGAAAUAAACAUCAUUUAAGGGAUAAAAGAAGUAUGGACUAUCCGUUAAGGCGUAACAUGCUUCACUAUAUUUUUGUGACUACUUCCAUAUUUGUAUUGAUGGCUUGCUCAUUGUUAAAGGUGUUAGGGAGUUUAGAGGUUUUCAAUUGUAUCUAUGCAUGCAUAUUUGUUAAAAUACUUUAAAAUGCUUCAUAUGAGUAUGAUUAAUUUUUUCAUUGCUGUUUUAUUAACUAGGAUUUAAAUGUUGACAAUAUUUACAAGUGAAAAUAAAAUUGUUAAAAA